AUGUGGACAGGAAGCCCUGGGGGCGAAAGCGACCGUACUGAAAGAGAGGCCGGCCGGCUGGCCGGCCGGGCCCUGGGCUGGGGCCGCCCCUCUCAGCUGAAGCGGCGGCGGCAGCGGCUCCAACUCCCCCUCCCUGCCAGGGACCCCUUGGCCCGCGCGGGGAUUUCGCACCACAGCCGCCCCCACUGGCGGGCAGGCUGGGCGACGCGGGCCGAAGCCUCCGCGGCCCAGAGUGGGAGCGGCUGGGUCCCGCAGCGGCGGCCCUUUGCUCCCUUGGGUGAAUUUUUCGAGACUUGCCAGCCCCGGAGGAAGAAGGGCCCACUUUCUCUUACCCUCAUGAUAUUUGUAAACUACGGUGGCGGGGGCUACUGGUUCUUCGAGCACGCUGCGUGGAACGGAUUGACAGUUGCAGACUUGGUUAUGGGAUGGUUUGUUUUCAUCAUCGGCACAUCAGUUGUGCUGGCUUUCCAAGUGAUGAUGAAAAGAGGAGUGAGCCGUAUGCAGCUUGUGCGUAAAUUAACCUGGAGGACCGUGGUCUUAUUUCUGAUAGGAGUCUGCUUCCUGAACUAUGGACCAGUGGAUGGUCCGUUAUCAUGGAGCUGGGCAAGAAUUCCAGGUGUUCUGCAGCGUCUUGGAUUUACUUACUUUGUUUUGGCUUUGAUGCAGGCCUGCUUCGGCAUAAAGGACCUUGACAGCUAUCAGGUGAGGUGGGCUUCACUCAGAGACGUUCUUCUCUACUGGCCUGAGUGGAUAAUUGUGGCUUCCCUAGAGACGCUGUGGCUGUGUCUGACCUUUCUGCUGCCUGUACCUGGGUGCCCCAGAGGAUACCUGGGCCCGGGGGGGAUAGGAGAUUACGGAAUGUACCCUAACUGUACGGGUGGCGCAGCAGGUUAUAUCGAUAAGUGGCUGCUGGGAGAAAACCACAUCUACCGCCAUCCUACGUGUCAGGAGCUGUUUAAGUCCACCCAGCCUUUUGAUCCUGAAGGCAUAUUGGGGACAACCAACUCCAUUGUGAUGGCUUUCUUUGGACUUCAGGCGGGGAAGAUUAUCCUAAUGUACCGCCAGCAACCACAGAGCAUUUUAAAGAGAUUUCUCAUCUGGGCGACUUUGCUGGGGAUUGUCUCCGCUAUCCUAUCCAACUUCACCCAAAACGAAGGAAUCAUUCCCAUCAAUAAAAAUCUCUGGUCUCUCUCCUACGUCACAACAUUGAGCAGCUUCUCCUUUGUCCUGCUGGCGAUCAUGUUUUAUGUCAUUGAUGUGAAAAAUUGGUGGGGAGGCCAGCCUUUCAUCUUUCCAGGGAUGAACUCCAUCUUUGUCUAUGUUGGACACUCCCUUCUGGGCAGUUACUUCCCUUUCAGCUGGGAAACGAAGUCUCCAAUCUCCCAUGCGGAGCUCCUCGUUCAAAAUCUUCUGGGCACAUCAAUCUGGGUGUUUGUGGCUUAUCUCCUCUACAAGAAGAAGUUCUUUUUGAAAAUAUGA